AUGCCCCACACAGUUGAUACCGCGAGUAUGCAAGCGAUCAGAAGACGCAACCCUAGGCGUAAAUGCAGUAAAAACACGAGCUAUCAGGAUGGUGAUACUGACAGUGGUAUUGAAAUCGAGGACGAUACUUACGCUGGUAUCGAAAUCGAGAGUGAAACUGACAGUGAAACCGAAAGCGAAGAUGACAGUGAAACUGAGAGCAAGUGUAAUAUAAGCGUUGUGGACGAAGACGGAGAGGAAAAUAGGGCCAAUGAUGACUACAGAUCAAGCGACGAUGACACUGAGACAGAUUCAGAGUCCAGCGACAGCUAUUCGGAUAUGUGCGAGAGCGACCUGGAGAUUGCAGGGCUUUUGGAGCGCGUCGAGCUAAGCCCAAGCGACAGCAAAACUUCCAGCAGUGAAUUUCUAUAA